AACUGUAUUUACCUGGUUGAUCCACAGCACAUGCUACAACCUCUUCUACUACGGCCUCAUCUACAACAUGGCCAAUGUGAGCGGAAACGAGUUUUUGAAUUUCUUUCUGCUUAGCAUCGUUGAGCUGCCUUCCAACUUGCUAGGUUGGUUCAGCGCCCAAAACCUAGGUCGUCGAUGGACUGCUGCUGGGGCCGCAAUGUUGGCUGCCGUGUGUGCCUUCAUCACCGCUUUCCUGCAGAACGAGAGCCCAUGGAUCCCGCUGAUUGUGCUGAUGGUGAGUAAGGUGUUUAUCACCAUCAGCUUUUUGGUGGUGUACGUGCAGUGUGCCGAGUUGUACCCUACAACUCACCGUGCGGCGGGUACCGGCCUCACCUCCAUCAUCUCGUCCUGUUUCGGUAUCACAGCACCCUACAUCGCCUACCUGGCAGUGUUUGGAGCGUGGUUGCCUUACAUCAUCCUGUUCGUGAUCGGCCUAGUGGGCUUCCUGGCUGCCUCGCUGCUGCCGGAGACACUUAAUACAGACCUGCCACAAUCACUGUUCGAUGCUAAAACCUUCCUUACCUCAGAGAAGUACUGGUCAUACAAGGGCCGCCGAUUCUGCGCUUCCACGUCACACAACCGGAGCAAAAACAAGAUGGAAGGUCACAAUAAUAUGGGAUGCGAUUCGAUGGCCUCUUGUGACAGAUACUGAGGCUGUGGUGCAGCGCCGCUCUGCCGUCGUCUACAUGGUCCCGUGGCACUAUGGUAAAACUAAAUUGUACUGACCCACAGGGUGAGGCCGAUAAUCCAUGCGACGCUGCCAUUUCUCUCAUUACAUCCAGGAAAACGGAAUAGCAGUUCUUUAUUCAGUUUAAUGCAUCACUUUGCUGAAACAAGGUGGGGUAAGGGACAAGAGACAUGAAAAUCUCUGCAGAUGAUUAUACCAUAAAUAAACUAAAUGCAGUAAAGGUGCUGGUCAUAGAAAUAAAAUGAGACUGAUGAUUUACAGAAUACUUACUGUUAUGUCUUCUCGAGAUAUCCAGUCUGAUGUAAUGAGUGGUGAAAAGAAAUAUAGAUGAGACAGUA